ACCCGGUGGCGCCCUUGUGGGCUGCGCGUGCGCUCUGCAGUUGCCCGUUUCCCGCCGGGCCCGCCCACCCCGAGCGGUUGCCGUGGGGAGGGACGCGUAGGCGACGUCGCCGCUGACUGGUCCGGGUUGCUGGUCGCGGAACCGAGACCCCUGAACUAGCCACCCCCAGGGCUAGCCCUGCAAAGUCUUGUCCUACUUCCCCGUCCCCGCGAGGGUGCCUGGAGUCGGUGCGCCCAGCAUGUCCAGCGAGGCAAGCGCCCCGGGGUCUUCGCCCAGGGCCCCGCGUCCUGGGACCCAGAAGUCGUCCGGUGCGGUGACCAAGAAAGGGGAGCGCGGGGCCAAGGAGAAGCCGGCGACUGCCCUGCCGCCGGUGGGCGAAGAGGAGCCCAAAAACCCUGAGGAGUACCAGUGCUCCGGGGUCCUGGAGACCGACUUCGCCGAGCUCUGCACGCGCUCCGGCUACACCGACUUCCCCAAAGUUGUUACCCGGCCCCGCCCCAACCCGACCUUCGUCCCCUCUGCCUCUAUGUCGGAAAAGCCCACUCUAGACGAGCAGCGGCUGUCUGCGUCCUGCAGCCUCAGCAGCCUAGAGAGCAAAUACGUGUUCUUCCGGCCCACCAUCCAGGUGGAGAUGGAGCAGGAGGACCCCAAGUCAGUGAAGGAAAUUUACAUCCGCGGUUGGAAGGUUGAGGAUCGGAUUCUGGGCAUCUUCUCUAAAUGUUUGCCUCCCCUCAGUCAGCUGCAGGCCAUUAACUUGUGGAAGGUGGGGCUGACUGAUAAGACCCUGACCACCUUCAUCGCCCUCCUGCCUCUCUGCUCAUCCACGCUCAGGAAGGUGUCUCUGGAGGGGAACCCGUUGCCGGAGCAGUCAUAUCACAAGCUCAUGGCGUUGGACAGCCCGAUUAUGCACUUGUCUCUGAGGAACAACAACAUCGAUGACCACGGGGCGCAGCUCCUGGGCCAAGCUCUGUCCACGCUGUACAGCAGCAACCGGACCCUUGUAUCGCUCAACCUGGGCUUCAACCACAUCGGGGACGAGGGCGCGGGCUACAUUGCAGAUGGCCUUAGGCUGAAUCGUUCCCUGCUCUGGCUGUCUCUGGCGCACAACCGCAUCCAGGACAAGGGCGCCCUGAAGCUGGCUGAGGUCCUGCGCCCCUUCGAGCUGACGCACACCGAGGUGGUGGAGCGCCGGCGCCUCCUGCUGGAGAAAGGGACGCAGGAGCGAAUGCGAUCGCCUGGCUCUUCUCGAUAUGGGGACUACAAAACUGACCGGGAGAAGAAUCAGCUGAUGGGGGUCAGCAGUGUUGCACUGGUGGACAAGGCAGACAAAAUGCUGGCAAUGAAAACCCCCAAGGGCCUGGGCAAGAAAAAGGAGAAGUCAGGGGAAGUGGUCAAGAAGGAGGAAAAGACAGGGUCCGGGCAGUCCCCCACACAAGGAAUCCCUAAGAAAGAAGAUGCCUUGAAGGCAGGCAAGGGUAAGGCGAACAUCCCUGAGCAGAAGCCAAGCAAGGGGAAAGGGACCAAGAGUGGGAGCAAAGAGAAGCGGAGCACCCUCCCGGAUUCAGAGCAGUUUGUUGCCAACACUACUGAGAUGAUCAACCCUCUCCUGGAGCCUGUGGAGCACCGAGAUGGGAAAGUUUUCAUGCCUGGGAACAAGGUCCUUUUGCACCUCAACCUCCUCCGGAACCGCAUCACAGAGGUGGGGCUGGAGGCUUUCCUUGCCGCAGUGCAGUACCAGGUGCAUUUCUACAAGCCCAAGAGCGCAACCAAGGGCCCAGUGGGGCUGGUAUGGCUGUCCCUGGCGGUAAGUCCACAUCACCCUCUCCCGCUGCUGGUGCAGGCAGCGUCUGUGUCUCUGCAUGUCCAACGAAGGUCUGUAGUUCCCCUAAUUCUUUUUGAUCACGACAUAAGUUCCAUCUUUCUUGCUGCAUGGUCAGCAGUUUACAUCAUUCUGCCUUUUCUCCUCGUUCCCCUGCCCCUAAUGCAGCUGCCCCAGAAAUUUUUUUUUCUCCUGGAAAACUCAUGUUCAUCCCUCUUGUCAGCCAUCAGCCUUCCUUUUCCUCUUUCAGAAAAACUGCUUCCCUCCACAAUGUCCUGCAUACACCCUAAUCCAGGAACUGAUGCUGCCAAGGGACCCCAUCAGUUACUUUGGAAAGGUUGCCAAGUCUCUCAACAUCUAAGAAGCAAAGCCCAAGCACUAAACACGAACUCUACUGACAAUGCCUGUAGACAUCAGCAGUCUGAAAAUUGGUGUGCCAGCCGAUUGUUUGGGGGCCAGCCAUCAGGAGAGUUGGAGGUGUCCUGUAUCUUUACCCUCCACUGAGAUGACCUACUGACAGAGCCCAGAGAACAAAGGCCUGCCUCCUGGGGAAGCCACAGGUUGCUUCCAAGGAAGAUGGAGAUAAAACAGGUGCUGUGUCUCCCUUCACUUUUGGGCGGAUUUAACGUGUUCCACAUUCCCUCAUUCUAUAGCCUUGAUCAGACCUACUUUCGGUCCCUACCCAGAACUCCCUUGUGCCUGCCUGUCUUCUGAGGCUCAUUUGCUCCCACGGGCCUUCUGGCCUCUGAAACGCCUGCAGUGCUCAAGGCCUGCCUGCCUGACAUGAGCGUCUCCAGGGAAAGCCUAUGAUCUCUCUCAAUUCCCAACACUGAGCAUAUUAUAGGUGCUCAGUGGUGAUCAGUCAGUCCCACCUUCUCCAGGUAUCCUUUCCAAUCCUUCUAAAGGGCCAAUGAACUCUUACAGCCCUUUGCCUUCUUCCAACAAUCUAUCACUAAUGACUCAUGUUACUUCCAAACAGACUGCAGUAAGCUCACAAGGGCCAGAACCUAGUAUUAUACUAAGCUUAGGAGUUGAAAAAUUAGAUAUUUAGGGCUGGAAGGGAACCUGUCACUUAAUCCAACAAUGAAGGCAGUGAGAGAGGAUGGUUAUGGUCCUGGUGAUGUGGCUUCAUCUGCUGUGCUGUCUUCUGGGAGGUGUCAGAGCCCGUAAGAGGACGUGGAGGGUGACGACUGAGGAACUGGCGAGGCCUUCAGAGAUGACCCCCCCCACCCCGUGUUCUGCCUGGCGAGUCCUGACACUCACGAGGGCUGCUCAGGAGGUCUCUUGAUUCUGUAUGUAUAAAGUCAUACAUACAUACAUGUGUGUGUUUAAA